AUGAUAGGCAAAUCGAUGGUUUCUCCAAGCACUAUUACAAUUGAUGACGUAAAAGUUGCAUUAGAACGGUUUUUGAUUCCAGGAAUUAUUGUUAAAAUCCCAGUUGAGUGUUUUACAUCCAGCAACGAAUUACUGUUUAUUGGCACAAAAACUGGCGAAAUUAGGAUCAUUCAGCUGGAAACCCAGCUAGAAGGAAGGCUUGAGGGCCACGUACUCCCCCCCUCCAUGACUGAACAAAACCUUUAGAAAAAUCGCUAUUUUUUGCACAAAAACCCACCCUCUUAAGCGAAUAAAAAUUUGAUAUAUAAGUGAUAAUUAACAUAAUGAAAUCUCGAACUAAUUCUGUUUAAUUUUAACAAUUUGCGUUUUUAAAACAUAAAUUCUACAAGUUAAAUUAAUAUUUGCUUUAAAAUUUUUGCGAAGUGGGAUUUUUUUAAAAUUUCGAAAAAAAUUCUAUAAAAUUUAUAUUAAAAAAAAAAUUAACCCCUUUCGUAAGCUAACAGAAUUUUUUUGUUCGAUCACGGAAGGGGGAGUUAGAAAAAGUCAGCUGCUUAAAAUUAAUUAAGCAAAAUAAUUACCUUAUAUCAGGAUCUUAUGAUGGCUCUGUCAGAGUUUGGCUAAUUGAAGAGCGAAAACAUGUCUCUAUCACCCAAUUUCACAGUCAAGUUUCAUGUAUAGAAAUUACUCCAGAUAAUUACUACAUCGGAAUUGGUACAAAUGAAGGCAUAAUGCAUAUUUGGAACUAUGAAAAAAAUCAAUUAUGAGAUUUAGAAGGGCACAUUGGCAGAAUAAAAUCAAUAAAAGCGACUCCUGAUAAUAAAACCUUUAUUUCUUGUUCUGAAGAUGGGUCUAUCAGGCUCUGAAGCAUUGAAGAUAAGUCUUUAUAAUAAAAUUAAUAUUUAUUUUAUAGGAACAGCUCUAUAUUUCUAUAUAAAAAUUAAUAUACAAUUGAAGCUUCAUAUGCUAAUUUCUUUAUAAAAAGAAUAAAAAUCAAAUAAAAUUGAUAGAAGACAUUGAAUUUCCUUCAAAAUUCAAACUAACUCAUAGCGGAAAAAUUAUUGUAGCAGUAGCUGCUGAUGUAGAUUUAAGCUUUUGGAGCAUCGAAGAAAGCAAGCAGCUUGAGAAAACUGAAGCUCAUUCGCAAUUAAUAAAUUGUUUAGAAAUCACCAAUGAUGAUAAAAGAGUUAUCACUGCAUCAAAUGAUGCUUCAAUAAAAGUGUUCUUAAUUGAAACAAAAAAACUUGAAUUUACUCUUGAAGGCCACUUAGGAGAAGUUCAAUCACUUGCAAUCAGUAGCAAUGACAGAUAUGUAAUUUCUGGCUCAUCUGAUUUUACUGUAAGGGUAUGAGAUUUAAAUAAAAAAGAACAAAUCCAUGCUUUAGAUGGGGUUGAAGCUAUUUCCUGACGAUUAAUGAUGACUGAAGAUAGAAAUUACAUUAUAUCUGCUCUUACUGACGAGUCACUAAGAGUUUGGCAUUUAGAUGAAAGAAAACCGAGUAGCAUUUUAAAAGGCCACGAAUCCGAAAUAAAGCAACUGAAAAUUACCAGAGAUAGUAAAUAUAUAAUUUCAGGCUCAGGCGAUAAAACUAUCAGAAUAUGGAACGUGGAAGAGCAAAAAGAAGUAAACAGCCUUAGAGGCCAUGGAGAAGAAAUUAGUUGUAUGCAGCUUUCAUGUGACGAUCAGUAUAUUAUUUCUGGCUCCAAAGAUGAGUCUGUAAGAGUGUGAAAUAUGGGUGGAAAAUUCAAAGAAAAUGUUAUAUACCUUUUUAUAUAAAAAUAAUUAAUUUCUUUAUGGGUUUUCAAAAAAAUUCAUUCUCUCUAAUAGGUAUAAAAAGAGAAGGGGUUAAAUUUUUACACCUGCAAAUUACGCUGGAUAAUUAUUAUAUAGUGACUGCUGACUCUGAACAUAAAGUUAGAAUUUGGUCUCUAGAUGAAGACUCUGGCUUUGAAUAUGUCCUUGAAGGCCAUACUGACCUUAUAAACGACUUGCAAGUUACCACUGAUAGCCAAUACAUUGUAACUGGAUCAAGAGACAACACGUUAAGAAUUUGAAGCAUUGAAGAAAAAAGAUGCAGAGCCAUUUUAGAUAGCCACACAGACCAUGUAUUCUGUUUACAAAUUACUAAAGACAAUAAAUACAUUGUUUCUGGUGCCAAUGACACAAAUAUAAUUAUUUGGAAUAUAAAUAGUGGAGAAAAUCUUGCAGUCCUGGAAGGGCAUAAAAAUGAAUUAAGGUGUCUUGCUAUUACAAGUGACAAUAAAAUCAUAGUUUCUGGCUCAAAUGACAAAACAAUUAGACUCUGAAGCUUUGUAGAUAAAAGGCAAAUUUCAGUACUCAGAGGUCAUGAGGAUAGAAUUUCUUGUCUAGAAAUAUCGAAAGACAAUAAUUACAUUUAUUCUGGCGCUUUUGACUCUACAGUGAGAAUUUGGAAUAUAAAAGAAAGAAGACAAGAAGCUGUCCUCAAAGGGCACAAUUAUCCAAUAAAUUGUCUAAAAAUUUCCUAUGAUGGGUCAUAUUUGGCAUCUGGGUCGAAAGAUAAAACAAUUAGAAUUUGGACCUUAAAUGAAGUAUUAAUAACUACUAACGAGCUAAGGCAAACAAAGCAAAUCAAAUUUUAUGGAGUUGGGACUGGAAUAGACAAUCAAAUUUAUUGCAAAAAGCUAACUAAUGGUGAGCACCCUGAUGAAACAAUGAUGAAUACUUUGAUUUAUCCUUUGAAAAUAAAUAUUUUGCAUUAUUAUUGCUAUUAUGAUUUAGUUGAUGACUUAUCAAAAGCUUUGCAGCUGAACUGUGCUAUUUUUAAAGACAUAUAUGGAAAAAGCCCACUACGGUACGCCAUUGAGAGGAAAUCCAGGAGAAGUUUAAAUUUGAUUCUUAGGUAUAUCAUAGGGAUUAGAAAUGAUAUUAUAUUAGAACAAUUUAUGCACGGAAUUAGGGAUGAUAUUGUACCGUUAUUCGGGUCAUAUUCAGAACUUUUACUUCCAUUUCUAUUUGCCUUGUUUAAAAAAAGUGAAGACAAAGAUUUAAUCGCGUUUGCAAGACCUAAAAGUAAGCUUCCUAUUACUAUUUUUUCUCCGUCAAUUGUCCCAUAUUAUCCAGACUUUGUGUAUGGUCCAAAAGAAAAUAACCUUGUGCCAGAAGUCUUGGUACAGUAUUGGGCUAGUCCAUUAAGCUGAAAUUUCAGCAAUGGCUCUAAAGACAGCUUAAAAUUUUUAAUAGGUGUUCAUCAGUGCCCAAAUAUAGGUGUUUUCCCUAUAUAGCCCGAUAAGGGCCGUGGGUUCUCCGUGGAAUCCCUCUGCUGGUUGAACUGAAUUGGUUAAACCAACGCACUGAGCUGGCUUGACCAACAGAGGGAUUCCACGGAGAGAACCCACAGCCCUUAUCGGGCCAUAUAGGGAAAACCCCUAUAUAGAUAUAGAGGUUUCCUCUAUAUAGCGCUAAAAGCGCAGACAUUUUCCCAGGAGCUUUCCAAGUUCGUCGGACCAAAUCGCUUUUUGGUCCGACCAAGGCAUUGAUUUGGUGCAACCUACCGAUAAAUUCCGAUCAGAAUUUAUCGGCCUUAUAGCGCCAAACAUAGGAAACUUCUAUAUAUAUAGGACUCCUCUAAUUAGAUGGCUUAUAAGGCUGAAAUGAGAAGAAAUGAAAUAUUUUACAGUAUCAUUUACCAUUCUUUUCUACCUCAAUCUUGUUGCAAUGGCUGUUAUAAUGGACACUCCAUCAAUCCCUAUUUAUAUCGUUUUUUGGGUUAUAAAUUUCCUGCUAUUUUCCUAUGAAAUAUUCCAGUUGUAUUCUUUAAGGCUAGUUUACUUCGAAGAUGUCUGAAAUUAUCAUGAUAUUGUUAGGCUUGCGUUAUGCUUUACAUGAAGUAUUCUUGAUAUACAAGGUUAUAGAUAUGAUGUGCUUACAUUUUUAACAGUAAUAUCCAAUUUCUUAAGAGGAAUUCACUAUACCAUUUAUAGAAAAUAAAAGCAUUUGCAUUUUUUACUAGUUAAUAUAAAAAAUAGAAUAAUAUUAAAUAAAAAGACUUACUCCCUCAUUUAAUAAGGAACACUUUUUUUGUUCGAUAUUAAAUGGGGUCUAACUUAUAAAAUUUUUUGGGAAAAAAAAUAUAUAAAAUUUAUAUUAAAUAUUAAAUAUUCAUGAUUUUUUUAUAUAAAAAUUUCAAUUAAAGGGUUAAUAAUAAAAGGAGUCAAAUGAUGGCAACAGAAAGAGAAAGCUCCUAAAUGCAUGUGAAAAGAUAAUUAUUGCUAACUCCCUCCCCCUCCCUGAGCGAAAAAAAAAGCAUUAAAAAAUCCCUCACCCUCUGUGAGCGAACAAAAAUGUUUUUAAUAGAAAAAAUAUUUUACGGAAAAAAUUUUGAUAUAUAAGCGAUAAUUAUUAUAAUGAAAUCUCGAGCUAAUUCUGUUUAAUUUUAAACAAAUUGCGUUUUAAAACAUAAAUUUUACAAAUUCAAUUAAUAUUUGCUUUCCAAUUUUUGCGAAUUAGGAUUUUUUUAAAUUUCGUAAAAAAAAAUUUUCUAUACAAUUUUUAUAUAAUUUGUUUUACAAAAAAAAAUUAACCCCCUCCAUGACUGAACGAGAGAUUUUUUUGUUCGCUCACGGAGGGGAAGUAAAGCACCAGAUUAAGAUUAAGCCACUAGUAACUUAUUAGCUCUUUAUUUAUUAUUCUUUGCUCGAUUAUGCUUGUCCUUAUCUUACUCUAACUACUUAAAAUUAGUAAACUGUAAAGACCAAAUUAGCUUAUAUAAAUUCUAUAGUAAAUUUUGUUCGUUAUUAAAUGGGGUCUAAGAAAAAAUUUUUAGAAAAGCAAAUGACGGUUUUGUUCCUUAUUAAAUGGGGGGUGGAGUUAGUGUCUAUAGCAAGGCAUAUUUCAGAGCUUUCGAUAAAACACGUUUCUAUGUGAGAUUAGUCUUCAGAGCUGCCUAUGACACUGUUUACUUUUUGUUUAUUCUAUUAUAUUCUACCUUUGCUUUUGGUGUUUUAUAUGCUUCAGCUAAAAGCGAUGAUGUUGAAAUAGAGAAAAGCUGGAAAAUUUCUUAUGAAUUAGAUAUGGGCUAUUUCAAUAAUGAAGGCUAUAAUGGUCUGCAAUACCUCUGCUUUUCUUUGGCUAGCAUCCUCAACGUCAUUUUAAUAGGCAACCUUCUGAUUUCAGUACUAGGAGAUUCCUUCAAAAAAUUUCAGCGGAGCGCAGAAGCUCUAGAUUUCAAAGAAAUGCUUGACGUCGUCAUUGAAUUCGAGUCUCUUAUGUUCUGAAAGCGAAAAUCAGGUCAGCGGACUUAUCUUCAAAUGUGUGAUUUUUAUCAACAAAACGAAAAGCCAGAUGCUGCUGGUAAGUUUACCCAGCAGCAAGGCAAUAAAAUAGAAAUUUUCAAAAACGACGUGAUUGAAAGCUUCAAAGAUAAAACCUCUUCAUUAGAAGAAAAGCUGACCGAUAAAAUAAAUGAAAAAAUAAACGCUCUUGAUAUGAAAUUUUAUUCUUUAGAAACAAAAAUCAAAGAAAAUGAAGAAAAAAUGGCAGCUCAGGAAGAAAGGCUGAAUAAAAAAUUGGACUCAAUUUUAGAACUUUUAAAUAAAAAAUAA